AUGCGUAUAUUGUGCGAUGCAUGUGAGAGCGCCGCCGCAAUAGUCUUCUGCGCCGCCGACGAAGCUGCCCUCUGCUGCUCCUGCGACGAAAAAGUUCAUAUGUGCAACAAGCUGGCUAGCCGACACGUCCGUGUAGGUUUGGCUGAUCCUAGCAAUGCGCCAAACUGUGACAUUUGCGAAAAUGCACCUGCCUUCUUUUACUGUGAGAUAGACGGUACUUCCCUUUGUCUACAAUGUGACAUGGUUGUUCAUGUUGGAGGCAAGAGAACUCACAGGCGCUUUCUGUUGCUUAGACAGAGGAUUGAGUUUCCAGGUGAUAAGCCUAACCACGCAGAUGAUCUUGGAUUAAGGUGUCAAAAGGUCUCCACGUCAGGUCGAGGUCAAGAAUCAAAUGGGAAUGGUGAUCAUAAUAUGAUCGAUCUUAACUCCAACCCUCAAAGAGUACACGAGCCUGGAUCAAAUCACCAAGAGCAGGGUAUCGAUGUUUAGCACAGAUAACAACCACGAGCCUAUAGGCGUUGUACCUGUUGGAGCGUUUAUACGAGAGUCUUAAAAAGUGAUCAGAGAUACACAAAGAUCGAGUAACAAGUAUGUAGGCAUGCAGUAAAACUAUCAUUAUUGUGCAUUACGUUUCUGUUUUGAAGAAAUUAGCUUAGAAGACUCGGAGGAAACGAUAAAGAUAAGAUCUGAGACAAAUAAAGCUUUUUUUUUCCCUUCUGGAGUGAUCAAUUAGAUAAUAAAGCUUAGAAGAGAUUGUGUAUAAACGACUACUCUUCAUAGUUUAAAAUAUGUCUCCAAUGAAAGUCUCUAUUAAGUA